UACGCCAUUAACACACUCAACACGUGCUCAUACUACAUUCCUUCCAUACACGAUUUACAAUUGGGCGCACACUUAUUUGCAUAUCGGUUUUUUAGACUUACAGUAACAAUUCUACCGAAAAGUGAACUAAAAACCGUACCAACGCGCCUAAGGGCGCGAAAAGAAAGAUACGUAGAUCGAACAUGAAGCCAAUCUCAGUUUAGUCAGCCAUAAGCUCUCAUGUCUCCUAGCAUUAUAGUCGGUCGGUCUGGUCCUUCCUCGCGCUACAUCUAGUAUCAAGUAUUAGAGAACAUAGCGACAACCCAUAGCAAUCAAACAUCUAUUCUGUAGGAGUCUUAUUUGUAUUAGUUCGUAACCACCGAAACAUGUGUUCUGCUUUGUUCGAAUAUAAUACUGCGUUGCGCCGAACGUUUAACAUUACGGCUUCAUGAUGCUCGUUUUGUCUUCCAGGUCUCCAGUAGGUUUCGUCAUGCCUUGUCAAACGGUGGAAAUAUGCUUCAAUAUGGCUAUUGAUAGCGAUUGCUAUUUUAUUUGUCUUUCGUCAAAACAUUAGCACACAAUUGUUUUUGCACGAUUAUAUCGUCUUUCGUACUUGCACUAGUGAAAAUUACGGAUCUAUUAAUUACCAUCGUACCAGUCAAAAUUAGGUUCUCAUAUUUUGUGCCAAAAUUGUAGUCUUUUAAACCGCGCAGUUAUGUGAUAGAAACAUCCCACAAAAAGGCGAACCUCGACCCGGGUGAAAACCGCAUGACUUGGUGCAGGGUUACACAACCCUCUGUAUAGAGCCCCUAAAGCUCAACACGUUCGGGGCUCUUCGUUUGGGUGCAAUAAUAUUAUAGCAAACGUGUUGGAUAAGAACGAAGCAAGAUGUUGAUAAUUGAUACGAAAUGGACUCGAAUUUUUUGGAUUACUGUAAAAUACGACACUCCGGCGCACUAUCGCAUGCACGCAAACACACACAUACAUGUACACACGUACACGGUUACUUUGGUCGAAAAGGCGAAGGUGUCGUUAUAUACAUGACAAAACAUGCCUGUUGAUCAUGAAACUGUAUGACGUACACCAAGCUAAGGAGAAGGUAUGGAAAUAGAGAAAAAUUGCCAUGAAAUCAAGUUGGCUGACGCUUAAUCAACAAUUAGUUUGUUUUGCUUUUGUGUUCUCUGGCUGAUACUUGAUUGUGAUAUGACAAACUUAGAUUGAACAAGGGUAGCGAGAUGGUACGAUUAGGUUUCAAACCAAUAUUCCAAAGAUUUGAUUCAACCUGGCAACUAACUGGUAUUGAUUGGAUAGGAAUCGAAAUCUUCUAAUGUAAACUUGAUGCGACACUGGUUGGCAGCAUGGGGAUAUUGUGCAAAACAAAUGAGAUUACUACUAUCGCCAGAGCAACCACGUGGCGCCUAUGCGAUGAAUGGGAAUCUGAAGAAAAACACACGUGGCCACUUCAGGGAACCGAGAAAGGGCGACGAAAUGGUUAUAAACGAAAAACUGCAAUUAAAGUUUGCUGUUUUAUUUAGAAUGAAUAUUUUGGCAUUUUCUCGAAACUCUUAGUCACAACCGGAAAAUAGACAGGGCGUUCACUGAGUACAAGCUCGAAAUCAUCGUGCAGUACCGAUUUGAUUUCACAAGCCACAUUCCACAGUAGAACAGAUUACGGAACGGAAGAUUUGAAGUCAGAAACAAAAGGGAAGAAAAAUUGUUGAGUAAGGAUAAGCGAUGAGAGGAAGGGAACGAAAAAGCGAACAGGUGGCCCAACUGGACCAAUGAUAAAUGCUCAACAUGUAAUGGUUUACAGUUACGAAAACCGCUUAACAAUAAUCAGUGCACUCCGAUGGUAUCAAACCAAUGCCUAACGCUCUGAUACAUGUUCGGCGAAUCGAAUUGAAUGGUCGUGAAGCGCCCAACCCGUCGAAAGUGCUUACCAUUUCCUGUCCUAGAAUGAAACAUAUGGAUGUAACCAAAUGGGAAUGGAAAAUCGAAAAUUGAGUGACAAUUGAAAAUACGCUUAAAUGAAUGCAAGAAAAGAAGAAGCAAACUCAGUUCAGAACGCUGAUGAAUCACUAUUGUUCCUUUACACCUAUUAUAAGUGCUAGGUACUUCUGCUCUCCAUCGCCCAUCGCACAGACCUGCGGCAUCAUUUCGCUUGAUAUUAGCAAAAAGGUUCUUUUUCUUCUUUGAUGAAGCGUUCUUGGUAUCGCAAUGUCCUUUGAAAAGGCCAUUUUGAUUUGGUUUAGCUAAUAUUAUUCCAUUAUUGUCUUACCUCAGACACCGAACCAGUUACUCUGUGCUUUUGAGUCUCGCUGUCGUCGUCAACUCUACAUAAGUAUUUAACAGCAUCGCAAUUAAGUAACAAAAGCGCAAGCCAGCAAUUCCGAAGCAUCAGGAGAACCUAGUCCCAUGUUGAUGUCCAGUUCUUUCCAUGUCUUGCUGCGAGAAAGAGGCCCUCAAAGAAAAUGGAUUUAAUAGAGAAGGGAGAAGACGGUGCGGUUCAUCGCGACUCGCGCUAACACGUUUAUGUUCCACCAACACGCGUGCCCUAUACGUACUUGAAUUGAUGUGCAACAAAUCAAAUAGUGUUAAUGAUGAUUUAUUAUGUGAAAGACGUUUUCCAUCUCAGUUCAUUUACUUUAGAACAGAACGAUCCUCAUUUAUUGUUUUUUUUUGGUUCUGUACCUUACCUCCGCGCUCUAGAACAUUGUUUAGGAGAGGAGGAGGAACCUCCAAUCAUAUGCCAAGGUGUGAAAGCAGAAACGAAAGGAUAAAGGGCAGGCGUGAUUUUGACGGUGAUCGAUUAUACCAAGUGGAGCAAAUACGCCGCCCCUACUGUGUCUCUGUGGAUGGUUCCAUAACCUUCCAUUCUGUAUUUCAUAUGCUCAUAUUGUUCGAAAGUAGUAAUAAGUUUAGCGUUUUAUUUAAGACAGAUAGGACGGUUGAUGCUAAUAGGUUUAAUAUAGGCUAAGAGGGAAAAUCACAAACCAAGAUCAAUCAAAUCGAGUAAUGUAGUAUGAAAUGUGUCUUAUUUAAAGAGAACGAAAAGAGCGCGAGGGAGAGAGAGAGAGAGAAGGAAAACAGAAGGGGAGACAUAAAGAGAAGAGAAACAAACAAAAAAACAAAUAUUACCAAUAUUGCGAUAGACGUUUGCUCAUCAUAUUUCUUCCUUUUGCUAACUUAUAUAGUCUAGGUUUAUAUUGAUUUAAUUCUUAAGCCUGUAACGUAAAGGUUGUUUUUGACUAUUAUUUUGUAAUGAUCGUGUUGUGAUGGUGAUGUCAACGUGGUGGUGGUAUUAACAAACCUAUCAAAAAAACAACGGACCUUACAUAUUCAAUACACAAGGCUUCCAAAACACGGUAUGCUAUCAUGCUGAGCGGCUAGUGUGAGAGAUUUGCAACCUAAACACCGCGUGGCCGAAAUUGAACCACUGGGUUUCUUGUGAAAUCUAUUGGCUUGCGUGCCAUUCAUGAGAUGCAUCCUAUCCUUCUGGCGGGGACCGCGUUAGUUGAAGUUAAUUUGACCCGAACUAAGCCAAUUAAUACUUACGUUCGAUUGCCCAACACCGAUCUCAUCUGAAUUACAAAGCACAAACCUGUGACGAAAUGAGUUUGCCUAUUCGCCGCAGCAGUAAAGGUGUUUUUCCAUCCAAAAAUGCGAUAUUCUUUGCUUGUCUUGUCAGUUGCGCAAUCCUCAUCAUUUCUACCUUUAAAAUCCAUUACGAGAAAUGUGAUCCUAACGCUCCUGUGCAAGGACCAAUUGAUGAACCAAGGGCACGUUCUUGUCGAACGCAGAAACAACGACGACUCCAGGAGGAGGAGCUUUUCGCAUACCUUAGCAUACCUUAGGAACUGAUACUUUCCGAAUGAAGUCGCAAAAUUAAAGAAGAUAUUGCGUAGGGGGAUGGUUACAACCAAGUAAGAAAUAACAGUUUGGCAGCAAAACGAAGGGCGGAAUGGUUAGGAGAUGCUAGAUGUAGUUAAGUAAAAUCACCAGGUGCGUUUCCUUUCGUCUUUUUUCUCACCACUCAGUGUUAGCUCCCGACUUUCCGUACUCCGUAAGUCAAUGAAUAGGUGCCAUUUACUUUAAAAAUGGUGCAUGUGCCUCGAUCCGCGAUCAUUCGUUCGCCGUUCCAUGGUCUGUUUUUUACAUUUAGGGUGUUUUCGGCCAAACUAAAACCGUACUAAAAACAAGAAACGAUAAUGAUUGAAGCUGAUGGGCUUAGUAAACGCUUUAGCACACCGGGCUAAAUAAGAACGAUGAUGCAACGACGAGGAUGAACUGCUUCCACGGCGACAGAGUGGGUGACUUAGAAGCGCCCUGUUUGAACAACAGCACACGUCCUACACAAUUCGGCCGGGGUCGGCAGGUUAGAAGGGGAGAGGGGCCGUUGUUAGUGAGCAACGAUACGAGCCGGAGGAGAUAAGCGGAUCAGUGAGAUAUAUAGGAUGCAUCUGAUACUCAGCAAAUGCAGCAACCAAAACAAGAUGGAACAAUACAAUAAUUACAAAUAGUGAUUAACGAUGCUAAUUUAUGUAAGCAAUGGAACUUAAACUGACUAAAAACGGAACACAAAUACUGGUGAAUCACAUUGUUAAAAGUGUUAAUAUAGAAUUCGACGUCAAGCGGUAGGAUUUGCUCUAAAGACAACACCACUAACUACUCACGGAAACCUCCCAGGAAAGUCACCCCGUCGACGUCGUCACGAUGUGGGCUGGGAUUCAUUUCUUUCCAUGCGACCCACCACCCUCACUCCUUCUCUCAUCCGCUGUAUAUUGUAGUGCAGGAAGCGGCAGCAGAAAUCACAUAGAACAGACGGCGCAAAACGAAUAGCAAACGGGAAAAAAAAACUAAAAAUCGAUAUAAACCCCAAAGCAAGAUAAAUCAUUAUCAAAACCAGCAACAACAAAAAAAAACUAAACACUUAGACACACAAACAACAAACAAAACAAUGGUGCAUAUUUAGCAGAUGAAUCAUGUUUUUACGUAAUUUACACACAAAAUAGACCACGCCGAAGAACGGAGCAGAUGGGCUAAAGAAACUAAAAAUGGUAGCAAAAUAAGAGAAAAACGUCCCUUCAAUAUGAAAGAGACCACAACCGCCCCUAUAAAGGGAAAGGCAAAUGAAUUAGGAAAAGCGUGGAAAAUACAAAUGAAAACACUCACACAAAAAAGGAAAAAACAUCAACUUCAAAUGCGCAUACAAAUUUCACAUUGAAGAGACUGAAAUGCCAAAUUAAUCAUACCUUAUAAACAUAAUAAAAUGCGGAAGCAAAAAAAAAGGGGAAAACAACAAAUGAACUCAAAAUUUAAAAAACGAACAUUAUACGCACAGGCACGACUUGUUCCGGCUGGUGAAGGAAAGCGGGACGAGGGGAACGGCAGAUGAGACAAAGUUAGCAAAUGCAGCUCGUGUCUAUGCUGGCAGGAUAAACGUUCGACGAAUGGAAAAUGCAAAUAACUACUUGGACUUAACGGAUAGCAAAGCUGCGUGUGAUUGUGAAGGAAUGGUCCUGGGCAAGCAACGUAACAGAAUCUAAGUUGGUAAACGAAUAUUUACGAUCGCGCUGAACGGGAAAUCGAAUCGAAAAAACAGUGAAAAAGAAAAAAGCAAAAAAAAAAACAAACACAUAAUAAUGUGAGAACGCUGAGCCUGUGUGAAGGACGCAAUGCACGCGUGAAUGAUUGAAAGUAACUAUUCGUAGCAAAAGUAAGACUUUUCCGGCAUACUGACUCUGGUAGAUGACGGAGCGUCACAUUUAUAAGGUUCUUAAUGUUCAAUAAACGGUCAAAUAAUGCACACA